CCUAGAUACUAUAAAGCCCCAGCGCCCAGCAGAGAGAGCAUUCCAUGCUGGAUACACCAUGGGGUGUAGAGUUCUUUGUCUCACCCUGCUCGCCUUACUGGCUGGUUGCUUUGGACAACCAUGUACUCUCAUUACACCCAAUGUGCUACGCAUUGAGAGUGAAGAAACCAUCGUUGUAGAUGGGCACAACAAGGCUUUUGAUGCUGAAGUUGAGAUUCAGGACUUUCCUAGGAAAACUUCCAGUUUAGCAAAGCAGAUUAUCUCCCUGAAUAAUGGCAACAACUUCCUGGGCACUGCUAAAGUCACGAUUCCCUUUAAAGAUUUUUCUAAGGAUCCAAAAGUCAAGCAAUAUGUCUACGUAACUGUGAAGUCUCCCAUUUGCAAUAUGGAAAAAGUUGUUCUGCUGGGCUAUCAAAGUGGAUAUGUUUUUAUUCAAACUGACAAGACAAUAUAUACACCGGCGUCUACAGUUCUCUAUCGCAUCUUCUCUAUGAACUCCAAGAUGUCUCCUACGAAUAAAGCAGUGAUCAUAGAAUUUUUGACACCUGAAAAUAUAAUUGUUAAGAGAGAUACGGUCAAAACGGAUGGAGAUUCUGGUAUCAUCAGCUUAUCCCACAAACUACCAGACCUAGUGAGUGUGGGUGUAUGGACCAUCUCAGCAAAAUACGAAGACUCUCCUCUGCAAAAUUACACCACAAACUUUGAAGUGAAGGAAUAUGUCUUACCCACAUUUGAGAUUCAGCUGAUUCCGGAGAAGUCAUAUUUUUACAUUGAGGAUUCUGAAUUUAUAGUGGACAUCAAAGCAAAAUUCCUCUAUGGGCAGCCUGUAAAAGGUUUUGGGUUUGUAAUGUUUGGGUUGAAGAAAGAUGGUGUAAAGACCAGUCUACCAGAGACUCUGAGGCGAUUUCAACUUACAAACGAAGGAGAAGCGACCGCUGAAUUGUUGAGAGGCGAUCUCGUAAAAAGAUUUAAAAAUGUUGAAGACAUGCUGCAAUACACCUUAUAUAUGUCAGUUACCCUCAUCACUGAAUCUGGGAGUGAAAUUGUGGAAAGUGAACUGGAAGAUAUCUGUAUUGUGAAAUCACCAUUUAAAAUACUUUUUACCAAAACCUCAAAAUAUUUCAAGCCUGGAAUGCCAUUUGACCUUAUGGUUUUUGUGACCAACCCUGAUGGUUCUCCAGCCAUUCGAAUCCCAGUGGUGGCUGAACCAGGAAAGGUGGCGGGUCUAACAGGAGCAGAGGGGACAGCCCGGCUGACAAUCAACACUGCUUCAAAUAUAAAUAUCCUUCCUAUUACUGUGAAAACAGCACAUCAUGACAUCCCUGCUGUUCAGCAAGCAACUGCACUAAUGAAAGCCAAUGCUUAUCAGUCAAGUGGAAAUUAUCUCCACAUUGGUAUCACUGCUUCAGAAGUCAAACCCGGGGACAAUCUUGCUGUAAAUUUCAAUAUUCGUAAUGUGAACCCGGCCCUCCAAAACCAGAUACAACACUUCACCUACCUGAUCAUGAACAAGGGCAGGAUACUGAAAGCUGACAGACAACCUAGGUUACCAGGACAGGCUUUGGUUACUAUGUCUCUCCCUAUCAAGGAGGAAUUCAUUCCAUCCUUCCGUCUAGUUGCUUAUUACAUUGUUGGAAACGAGAUUGUCUCCGAUUCUAUUUGGGUGGAUGUAACGGACUCAUGCAUGGGAACGCUGUUGGUGACAGGUCAUACAGAAAGAGACAACAAAGUCCAAAACCCUGGUUCAUCCAUGAAACUGAAACUGCAAGCAGAUCACAGGGCUAGUGUGGGACUGGUGGCUGUAGACAAAGGUGUAUAUGUGCUGAACAAAAAAUUUAAGAUCUCCCAAAAGAAGGUGUGGGAUGCCGUGGAGAAAUCAGACAUCGGCUGCACAUCUGGAAGUGGAGCCAAUAGUAUGGAGGUGUUUUAUGAUGCUGGUUUGGCCCUGCAAUCAAGUUUAAAAGCAACAACCCAACAGAGAUCAGAACUACAAUGUGAAGUCCGUGCUGCUCGAAAGCGCCGCUCCUCUGCACAACUGCUUGAACAGAAAACGACAUACGCCUCCAAGUAUAAGGAGUCAGUGAGGAAAUGCUGUAUUGAUGGCAUGCAUACUAAUCCAAUGGGACACAGCUGUGAAAUACGAGCAUUGAACAUCUUGGAUGGCAAAGAAUGCGUGGACGCUUUCUUGGACUGCUGCAACUACAUCGAACGGAAGAAGAAGGAGGAGGGAGAUCUAAAAGAACAAGAUGAACUAGGCAGAAGUGAUGAGGAUGACGAAUAUAUGCCAGAUGCUGAUAUUAUCUCAAGAACAGAGUUUCCAGAGUCAUGGUUCUGGAAAAUAGAAUCAAUGACAGAAAAAGCUGAUAAUAAUGGAAUUUCUACCAAGAUUCUUAAUGUCUUCUUAAAAGAUUCUAUUACUACUUGGGAGAUCCUGGCUGUGAGUCUCUCUCAAAAUAAAGGUCUUUGUGUGGCCAAGCCUUUUGAAAUCCAGGUAACGAAGGACUUCUUCAUUGACCUGAAGCUUCCAUAUUCCGUGGUGAGAAAUGAGCAGGUGGAAAUACGAGCCAUACUUUACAACUAUGGCACUCAUAAGAUCAAGGUACGAGUGGACUUUACUCACAAUCCAGAAUUUUGUAGCCUGGCUACGGCCAAGGCAAAAUACCGGCAGACUAUCGAGAUUGGCCCUCAGUCUUCUACUGCUCUUCCUUUUAUUCUUGUCCCAUUGAGCACGGGUUUACAUAAUGUGGAGGUGAAGGCUUCUGUUUUUGGACAGUUUGUGUCAGAUGGUGUCAAAAAGAAACUGAAAGUUGUGCCUGAAGGCGUUCGUAUUACAAAAAAUGUAAAAUCUGUGAUACUGGAACCACAGAUCAAAGGAAUAGAUGGUGUUCAGGAAGUGCUUGUGUCUCCACUGAAUGAGAAAAACAUUGUACCUAAAUCGGAUGUUGAAACAAUUGUGACUAUCCAAGGAAACCCAAUUAGCCAAAUGGUGGAGAAUGCGAUUGAUGGCUCCAAUAUGAAUACUUUGAUUGUUAUUCCACGUGGUUGCGGAGAACAAAAUAUGAUCACUAUGACUCCCAGUGUAAUUGCAACCUUUUACCUUGAUGCAACCAACCAGUGGGAAAGAAUUGGAGAGAACCGAAGAAGUGAAGCCAUCAAGAACAUCAAGCAGGGUUAUGCACAGCAACUAGUCUACCGUAAACCAGACAGUUCUUAUGCGGCUUUCAAAGACAGACCAGCAAGCACAUGGCUAACUGCUUAUGUAGCUAAAGUCUUUGCAAUGGCUCAACCACUGGUGGACAUUGAAAGCAAUGUUUUGUGUGGUGCAAUCAAAUGGUUGACACUCCAGAAACAGAAACCAGAUGGAAUGUUCAAAGAAGAUGCCCCAGUUAUUCAUCAGGAGAUGGUGGGAGCAAUUAAAGGGUCUUCAGAAGAUGUUGCACUUACAGCCUUUGUUCUCAUUGCUAUGCUGGAAAGUGAGAAGACCUGCACUGCACAUGUCAACAAUCUGAAGAUCAAUAUUGAGAAGGCAUCCAGCUUCCUGGUGGGUCAGCUCCCAGGUCUCAAAAAACCAUACACCAUAGCUAUUACCACAUACGCUCUUGCUAUGGCUGGGGCAAUAGACAAUGCAGAGAAGCUGCUUUCUGCAACCACAGACAAAGUUCAUUGGGAGCAACCAGGGUCCCGUUUCAUAACUAUUGAGGCCACAUCCUACGCUCUUCUGGCUAUCUUGCGCUUGAAACAGUAUGAUCUAGCUGGACCAAUUGUGCGCUGGAUAAACGAUCAAAGAUAUUAUGGAGCAGUCUAUGGUUCCACUCAAGCUACAAUUGUGAUGUUCCAAGCUUUGGCUCAAUAUCAGAUUGACAUCCCAGCUCUAAAUGAGUUAAAUAUGGAUGUGUCCCUCAGUCUCCCAGAAAGACAGCAACCAUUAAGUUAUCGCAUAGAUCAUAAUACUGCUUUGCUGGCACGUUCUGCUGAGACCAGAUUGAAUAAGGAGUUUAUUGUUAAAGCCACAGGCAAAGGUCAAGGUAUAUUGACGGUGGUGUCCAUUUACCAUGCUCUUGAGUCAGAAAAGGAAAAGGAUUGCAAAAACUUUGAUCUUUCAGUUACAGUUAAAGACCUACCACAGGUUAAUGCUAAAGAAGGUGAGUUGCCAGGAGUAUCGAUUGAGAUCUGUGCAAGACAUCUGAAAAACACUGAUGCCACCAUGUCUAUCUUGGAUGUUUCAAUGAUGACUGGAUUUGCCCCCGAUGUUCAAAGUCUUAAUAAACUAACGAAGGGAGUGGAUAAGUACAUCUCCAAGUUUGAGAUUAACAAGGAAUCAACAGAUAAGGGUACACUUGUCAUCUACCUGGAUAAGAUCUCACACAAACGAGACGAAUGCAUCAUAUUCAAUGCUCACCAGAUCUUUAAAGUUGGUCUCAUCCAACCUGCAUCUGUCACUGUUUAUGACUAUUACACCCCUGAAAACCGAUGCACUAAAUUUUACCACGUGGACAAUGACAGCAAGUUGUUGGGCAUGAUCUGUCAAAAGGAUGUAUGUCGGUGUUCUGAGGAGAAUUGUUUUAUGCAACAGGAGCUGAAAGAUAAAAAUAGGGCAGCAGAACGACUGAACAUGGCAUGUACACCAGCAGUGGACUAUGUGUACAAGGCUCACCUGGACAAGAUAGAGAAGAACAACAACUUUGAUAACUAUGUGAUGAAGAUAAUCAGCAUCAUCAAGCAAGGUACAGACGAAAAUGUUUUGGACAAACAGAGGAAUUUUGUCAGUCACAUAAAAUGUCGCAAAGCCUUAGAUCUGAAAGAAGGUCGGGAUUACCUGAUCUGGGGAAUAAGAAAUGACCUUUGGAACCAGCCAUCUGGCUAUUCUUAUAUUAUUGGGAGAGAUACAUGGAUCGAAUGGUGGCCAAACGAGAGAGAAUGCCAAAAUCGGGAAAACAUUAAUCAGUGUAACGAUUUCUUUGAACUUGCUGAAAAUCUGGAGAUUAACGGAUGUUCUUCAUAGAGCCCUGAACUGUAAAAUCCCCUCCACCUUUCUUCUCUUUUCACUCUAGUGCUGAGAUCCAAUGUGAUAUUUUAUAUGCCAAUAAACUUUUAUAGCUAUUC